AAUGAUUAGUUUUCUUAAAUUGCGCAUCUGAACACCAUGGCGGUAGCGUUAAGUGUAUUUUCUUUGUGCAUUUUAGGUGCUUUGGCUCAAACGCCUCAAUUACGAAUGGUUACUAUCGCCCAAGGUACUGUAGUGGGAUCUGUUGCUGCCGAUGGUAACUAUUAUGAGUUUCAUGGAAUACCAUACGCUGAUUCCACGUCUGGAUCAAAUAGAUUCAAGGCACCCUCACCGCCACCUUCUUUUCAAAGUAUGUUUAUAGCUAACAGAAAAGGUGUAAAAUGCGUAAGAGCUUUAGGUGUUGGCUAUGAGGGUACAGAAGAUUGUUUAGUUGCGGAUAUUUACACUCCAACAUUGAAUAAUACUGAUCGAUUACCCGUCAUGGUGUGGAUAAAAGGAAAAGAAUUUGAUAAAAUAUACGAACACGAUUUGUCUUUUACAAAUUUUAUGGAACGUGAUGUAAUUAUCGUGUCAUUGAACUAUCGCGAGUCAAUUUUGGGAUUCCUCUGCUUAGGAAAUGAGGCAGCGCCUGGAAAUGCUGGACUAAAAGAUAUCGUUGCCGGUUUGCGCUGGGUCAAACAAAAUAUAGCUCAAUUUGGUGGAGAUCCAGACAAUAUAAGUCUUUUCGGACAUGGAAGCGGUGCUGCUGCGGUUGAUUUAGUAUCUUUGUCACCUUUUGCUGAUGGUCUUAUUAGUAAAGUGAUAUCUCAAAGUGGGACUGCGCUGUCACCAUGGGCUGUAACACGAGACAAUUUGAAAUACGCUAUAGAAGUCGCCGAAGCGCUUGGACAUACUAUCAAUAGUAUUCAUGAUGUAACAGAUGCUUUUAAAAGAACCAGUGUAGCAGCUCUUAUGGCCGUUAUCAACGAACUUGACCUUACUGAUAAUUCAUUGGCAUUUGCACCAUGUCUUGAGAGAGAGGAUAUAGAAAAUGUAGAGCCAUUUCUUACAAAAUCUCCGUACACAAUUUUAACCGAAGGGACUUAUGCUCGUAUACCGUUUAUGACUGGUUUUGUUGAUUAUGAAGGAACGAUACGAGCGGAAGAAGCUUUAGAGGAUAACUGGUUAGAAAAAAUGGAAGAAUCAUUUGAUGAAUUUGUCCAACCAGAUUUGAAACUGGAAGACAAUGAAGACGGGUUACAAACAAUACAAGAUAUACGGUCAUUUUAUUUUCGUGAUAAUAUUAUUAAUGAAACGCAAAUAAACAGUUUUCUUUCAUAUCAUGGAGAUACUAUGAUUUUGGUAUCAGCAAUAAGAGAAGCUAGUUUAAGGGCCUCCUCCAAUAGUUCUGUUUAUUUGUAUCAGUUUUCUUACAAGGGAAUGCUAGGGGAUCCCUUUGUAGGGCCUAUAGAAGUAAACAGUGCUGCUCACAGUGAAGAAUUAGCUUAUUUAUUUUAUCAUGAAUCAGAAUCACAACCAUCGGAAAUGGAUUUAGCUGUAAGCGAUAUAUUAGUAGAACGCUGGACAAACUUUGCUAAAACAGGGACGCCAGAAAGCGAACUCUCGCAAGUAGUAUGGAAGCCAUUUACUAAUUCAAAUUCAAACUAUUUGAGAUUCUUAGACGAUGAAGAGGUUAAUGAAAAUCAAGGAGGAAGCUUGGAAGUGGACUUGCAAAACCCCCAUAUCGAGACUUUGUUAUUCUGGGAACAGAUUUACAGUAAGCAUUUUGUAGAUGCUAAAGGUAGAUGGGAUCUUGCUGAUAGGGGUGAAGAUGAUGAUUCUGAUGUUAUUAUUGACAACGGAAGUGGGGAGGAAGGAAGUGGUGAGGAAGGAAGUGGCGACGAAGGAAGUGGAGAUGAUGGAAGUGGUGACGAGGAAGGAAGUGGCGAGGAAGAUGAUAAUGAAGACGAUACCAAUUCUGCAUCCAGGCUUGUCGGAUUCACUUUUCUAAUAGUACCAAUCUUUGCACUUUUAAAUAAAUUCCAUAUGUCACACAUUACUUUAUAGACUUAUUGCAGUAGAUACAAAGCUACUCUAAAUAAGUCAAUUAUUU